AAUCAAGUCCAUGGUGGAUGGAGGAUAGAGCAACGUGAAAGACGCUCUCAAUUCUCAGAACUAAAAGCACAACAAGGCUGGACUCCAGGCUAGUUUUGAGCGGGAUCUCGAUCAAAGUAAAGUAAAGUAACGGUAACUUGUUUGAAAUUACUUUUGGAGUGCGCAAAGCACCAUGGGAAGCUCGCGCUGUUUAAAAGUUGUUCCAGAACGUCACAAACGUUACCGUGGAACGUCAACACAGUUUUAGCGACGUAAACAAGCCACUAGCGACUCAUACAGAUCGCGCACGCUUGUUCAACGCUUAUCGAGAAAUUCUCGUAUUUCUAUACUUAUACAUUAUAGACAAGUAAAAUAAUACCCAACAUGGGGUGCACAAACACCAAAGUUCACCCAGUGAAUUUUGACCCGGUGCCUCGAGCCAAGGAGACCUGGUUCGAAAGGAAGGUUAAGCGACGCUCGGGGAAGGUGAAACAAAACUUACUCAGUUGCUUCACGAGGGACUCGAGUUUGAAGACCAGGAAGAUUGCGUGGGCUGAGCAGCCCAGCAGUGUGAAGACCACACAGAACAUCGAGGACGCAUUCUCAGUGAAGACCACACAAAGCAACGAGGACGCAGUCUCAGUGAAGACCACGCAAAGCGAGGAAGACGCACUCUCAGUGAAGUGCACACUAAGCAACGAGGACGCAGUCUCAGUGAAGACCACGCAAAGCAAGGAAGACGCACUCUCAGUGAAGUGCACACUAAGCAACGAGGACGAAGUCUCAGUGAAGACCACGCAAAGCAACGAGAACGCACUCUCUGGAGAUAGCAGCUUUUCUGAUGACGUCUCAGAUGUCUCUACAUUAACAACAGAGUCUGAGAGUAGCAGCUUUUCUGAUAACGUCUCUGAUGUCUCUACAUUAGCGACAGAGUCUGAGAGUAGAAGCUUUUCUGAUAACGUCUCAGAUGUCUCUACAUUAACGACAGAGUCUGAGAAUAGCCGCUGUUCUGAUGACGUCUCAGAUGUCUCUACAUUAACGACAGAGUCUGAGAGUAGCAGCUUUUCUGAUGACGUCUCAGAUGUCUCUACAUUAACGACAGAGUCUGAUACUGAGAGUAGCACGUCACGCGGAUCCUUCGAAUCAGUCAUCGACCUCCCCGUUUCCCCGCCCAAACCAUCACGCGGGCAGACGACACCCGUCUCGAAGACGAGAGAAGAAAUCCUCCUCAAGAACAUCGCAAGAGCAGGCUUCCAGAUCGACCCAGUGCCACGGAAUGGGGAUUGUUUUUUCGGUGCGGCCGCCAGACAACUCGGCAGAGGAGACCCCCGUAUUGACACCACCGCCCUGCAGCUCCGCAAAGACCUAGUGCACCAUAUCAGGGCCCACAGUGAGAAGUUCUGCGUAGCGGUGCCAGGCGGCUUCUGGGCGUUCCAACAGGAGUUGGACAGGCUGGCACGGCGUGGCCACUGGUGCUCGGAUGUUGCAGACGUCCUUCCGAUCGCUUUGGCGGAUUUUACUUCAAGAGAGGUGGUGCUGAUCACCAGCACCGACAUGCAGAUCAUGGUGCUGCCGCCAGAGGGCGAGGAGUCAGGAACCCCGCUGGUCUUGGCCUACCUGACUACCCCGGGCGGAGAGCACUACGAUGCCGUCAGGUUCGUGGGAGGCUGA